AUGAACGCUUUAGUACUAAGUACGGAUGCCGGACAUCGUCUUCUCGCACGUUACCGCAGGACGCAGAACAGUACGGAUCUGGACCAAUCCAUAAACCGCUUCGAACGUGCCUUGUAUCUCUGUCCCGUCGAUCAUCCCUACCACCCUGCAGCACUGUUCAAUCUAGCCACCGCGAAGUUUAUUAGUUGCCAAGCUAACGGAAGAUACCUAGACCUCGACACACCUAUAUCUCUUUUUCAAGACGCACUUGAUUUGCGUCCAACUGGCCAUCCAGACCGACCCAUAGCCCAACUGCAUCUUGCGAUUUCUCUGCUCUCUCGCUUCGCGAAACGGGGAUUUCAAACCGAUGCAGACACCGCCGAAGAAGAUGAACCGCGUGACUUAGAUGAAGUGAUAUCCCUUCAUUAUGAUGCACUAGUAUACUACACCGCCGGGCAUGCUUCACGAGGGCAAUUGCUAGGGAAUCUGGCUGUAAUGUUGCAAACUCGCUUCGAGCGUCGAGGCGAUGGUAAAGACUUGGAUCAAGCCAUCGCACUCCAGACGGAAGUUCUGGCCUCACACACGGUCGGUUACGCAGAUCGCUCCGCAUCAUUGAAUAACCUCGCGUAUCAACUCUCCUCCCGCUUUGACCACCGAGGUAAUCACGAAGACUUGAAUCAGGCUAUCGCGCUUCACAGGGAAGCGCUGGCCUUGCGUCCUGCCGGUCACACAGAUCGGUACCGGUCAUUAACUAAUCUCGCGAUUCAACUCUCCUCCCGCUUCCUCCAUCGAGGCAACGACGAAGACUCGGAUGAGGCUGUCACACUUAGCAGGGAAGCGUUGGCCUUGUGCCCGGUCGGUCACACAGGACGGUCCAAGUCAUUGAUCAACCUCGCGAAUCAACUCUCCUCCCACUUUGACCACGGAGGAAACGAUGAGGACUUGGAUCAGGCUAUUGCACUUUACAAGGAAGCGUUGGCCUUGUGCCCGGUCGGUCACAUAGAUCGGGCCAUGUCAUUAAAUAACUUUGCGACUCAACUCUCCUCGCGCUUUCAGCAUCGAGGCAAUGACGAAGACUUGGAUGAGGCUAUCGUACUUCUCAGGGAAGCGUUGGCCUUGUGCCCAGUCGGUCACACAUAUCGGUCCAUGUCAUUAAGUAACCUCGCAGGUCAACUCUCCUCCCGCUUUGACCACCGAGGCAAUGAUGAAGACUUGAACGAGGCUAUCGCACUUCACACGGAAGCGCUAGCCUUGCGUCCGGUCGGUCACACAUAUCGGUCCACGUCAUUAAAUAACCUUGCGAACCGACUCUCCUCCCGCUUUGACUACAAAGGCCACGACGAAGAUUUGGAUGAGGCUAUCGCACUCUACAGGGAAGCGCUUGCAUUGCGCCCGGUCGGUCACACAUAUCGGUCUGGGUCAUUACAUAACCUAGCAGCAAGACUCUCCUCUCGCUUUGAGCUCCGAAGUAAUGACGAAGAUUUGGAUGAGGCUAUCGCACUCUACAGGGAAGCGCUUGCAUUGCGCUCUGUCGGUCACACAGAUCGGUCCAUGUCAUUAAAUAACCUCGCAACUCAACUCUCCUCCCGCUUUGACCACCGAGGCAACGAUGAUGACUUGGAUGAGGCUAUCGCACUUGACAUGGAAGCGCUGGCCUUGUGCCCGGUCGGUCACACACAUCGGUCCGCAUCAUUAAACAACCUCGCGUCACAACUCUCCUCCCGCUUUCAACAACGAGGCAACGAUGAAGACCUAGAUAGGGCUAUCGCACUUGACAGGGAAGCGCUGGCCUUGUGCCCGGCCGGUCACACACAUCGGUCCACGGCAUUAAAUAACCUUGCGACUCAACUUUCCGCCCGCUUUCACCACAGAGGCGACGACGAAGACUUGGAGCAGGCUGUCACACUUUUUCGGGAAGUGUUGGCUUUGCGCCCUGUCGGUGACACAUCUCGGUCUAAUUCAUUAAACAACCUCGCGGCUCAACUCUCCUCCCGCUUUCGCCACCGAGGCAAUGACGAAGACUCGGAUGAGGCUAUCGUGCUUCACAGGGAAGCGCUAGCCUUGUGCCCGGUCAGUCACACAUCUCGGUCUAUGUCAUUAAACAACAUCGCGACUGAACUCUCCUCCCGCUUUAUCCACCGAGGCAACGAUGAUGAUUUGGAUGAGGCUAUUGCAUUUUGCAGGGAAGCACUGGCGUUGUGCCCGGUCAGUUACACAAAUCGGUCCAUGCCAUUAAAUAACCUUGCGACCCUUCUCUCCAUCCGCUUUGACCACCGAGGCAAUGAUGAUGAUUUGGAUGAGGCUAUCGCACUGCAUAGGAAAGCGCUGGCAUUGCGCCCGAUCGGUCACACGUCUCGGUCCGCGCCAUUAAACAACCUCUCGAAUCAACUUUCUUCCCGCUUUGACCACCAAGGCAACGGCGAAGACUUAGACGAGGCUAUUUUACUUCAGAGGGAAGCGCUGGCCUUGCGUCCGGUUGGUCACAUAGAUCGGUGCACGUCAUUAAAUAACCUUGCGAAUGGACUCUCCUCCCGCUUUGAGCACCGAGGCAACGACGAAGAUUUAGAUCAGGCACUCGCACUUGACAGGGAAGCGUUAUCCUUGUGCCCGGUUGGUCACACAGAUCGGUCCAUGUCAUUAUGUAACCUUGCGACUCACCUCUUCACCCGCUUUCACCACCAACACAAUCGAGAAGACCUUGACGAGUCACGAGAGAACCUACGCUGUGCAUUAACUCUGUUGACUCGACAUGAUCCUCGGCAAUUACGAAUCCAUCAGUUGCUAGCUAAGGUCUAUCUGUCGUUCCAUCGUUCAGGCUUUGACGAUGCUGGCGUAGGUGCAGGUACCGAUAAUCUGAAUGCUGCCAUGCAUCAUCUCAAGGUAGCAGCAGACGUUGCCUCUGCAGGCUUGCUAUCUCGCCUACGAGCAAGUCUACUUUGGGUUCGUCAUGCUGAUGAAGAGAGACAUAGCACUCGAGUGGAGGCUUAUGCGGCUUCCAUGCAACUUCUUGACGCUUAUAUCUCUACGAGAGCUUCAGUAUCGUCUCGCCAUGAUAUCAUGAAAGACUUCCCGAGUACACUUGCCGUUGAUGCUGCAUCGUGUGCUCUUCGUAGUAGUGACGUCUGUCGCGCUGUUGAGUUGUUGGAGCAAGGCAGGACCAUCAUCUGGACCCAGAUGACACGACUCCGCAUCCCUCUUGACAGCCUUCAGACUCACGGUGAUCAUGCAGUGACCCUGAUGAAGAGAUUCAGAGACCUCAGCUCCCUCCUCGAUCGACCUCCUGCAAGCCAUCCAGAAGGGACUCCAUUGGUCAAUGCAGAAGCAGAAGAAACCCGGUACAGACGUCUGGUGGAGGACUGGAAUAGAGCUGUAGAAGAUAUCCGGAAGAUCGAGGGCUUCUCUCGCUUCCUCCUUCCCCCCUUAUUCUCCGACCUUCAAGAUGCAGCUCGUGAAGGACCUAUCAUCGUGCUCAUCGCAAGCGAGUCAUCUUGCCAUGCCAUUAUUAUCCCGCACAGGCAACCUCCGAUUGGCAUUCAACUCCCCACCAAUUUUGAGAAACUCCUGAGAUUGGUUGACGCAUUCCAAGAGGCAGUUCCAAAAGAGGCCAGUCCUAAAGGGAACCAACCUGCGCUGGUAAAAGCUUUGAGAGAGUUGUGGGACGACGUCGUCUGCCCAGUGGUCGACAAUCUGAACGGAUUUGCACGACGAGGUUCCCGGAUAUGGUGGUGCCCGACAUUUCUCUUCAAUUUCUUGCCGUUGCACGCUGCUGGCGAGUACAGAGCACAGGGAAAGUCGCUUUCCCAGCAGUAUAUCUCUUCAUACACGCCAUCGCUCACCGCGCUGAUCAAGGCUCGCGGAAGUCAUGACAGGUCCCCGUCGGUGCCCUUCGUUGCCAUUGGUCAGGAUUGCCCAGCCGGUGCCUCGUUCACUUUGGAUGCUGUGGAGCCUGAGCUGGAAUUGGUACGGAGACUUUUGCCCCCUCCCCCAACUGUUUCCUUCUCGAAGAUAACCAGCGUUGAUGCCACGAAAUCGAGAGCACUGCGCGCAUUGCGAGACAAUACUUGGCUCCAUCUCGCGUGCCAUGGCACACAGAAAAUUGAUGAACCCUUCAAGUCGGCCUUUCUGAUGCGCGAUCAACCACUUUCCCUUAUCGACAUCACGCAAAUGGAUCUGUCUCGCCAUGAAUUCGCAUUUCUUUCUGCCUGUGAAACCGCAGUCGGUGACCAUGAUACUCCUGACGAAGUGAUACACCUGGCAGCUGGCCUGCAAUUUGCCGGGGUCAAGAGUGUCGUCGGGACAUUAUGGAAGGUUAACGAUAAUACAGUGCAGCGCUUAGUCGAGGCAUUCUACAAGAACUUGUGCGGGCAUGGCCCAAUGAAUUCCAAACGAGCCGCCUGGGCGCUGCACCAAGCGGUCCGGUCGUUAGCUUGUGACGAAGAAAAUACAAUGCCCUUGGACCAGCGCAUAGUGUUCGUGCACAUUGGCAUAUGA